GCAGUCGCAUCAUUUACAGAUCAGUGCUGUUUCCGGGACGAGCUGCCGAACCAGAGGUGCAGGUUGUGUCCCGUCCUCUGCAUCUCAUUCAUCGAAAUAAUUCAUGAAGACACGUCUGAGCCGUUACACCGGUGCUGUCUAACACCAGAGUCUGUGUUUCAAUGGGUCCGGUUAUAAUACGGGAACAAGAGAAGUGUUUGACUGUCUCAGGAUAAAACUAACACUGUGUCACCCUUGUUGUUCUCGGCUGCUGUUGACAAGUCUAAAGUUCAUCAGUGCAGGCUGAACAAACAGAGCUUCAAUGGCACCCUGUCCAACAACAUUCCCUCACUGCUGUCUCAACAAUGAACUGUGGAAAGCCUCCAGCACUGAGUGAAGAAUGGCAAGGUUCAGGCGCAAAUCUUGCAUCACAUUAAUAGCUUUAGUGCUGCUCGUACUCAUAGUAACAGUGGUCUUGAAGGCGCUGACACCAGAGGACUCUCCGUUCAACAGCCCUGUCGGCGUGGAGCUGGUCGCAGACAGAAAUAAUGACAAUCGGGUCCAGAAAGACGGCAACAAUAAACCUGACAAGACCAAAAUGAAUGACUCUGCUCAGUCAGACAAGCUGGAAGCUUCACUGAGGAAGUUCCCUCCUCCAAACUACUACGUCCAUGCCUUCUACUACGUUUGGUACGGGAGCCCCAAGUUUGAUGGUAAAUUCAUCCACUGGGACCACCCGCAGCUGCCACACUGGGACUUUAAGGUGGCUCAGGGGUAUCCACAAGGGAGACACAUCCCGCCUGAUGACAUUGGGUCCAACUUCUACCCUUCGUUAGGGGCUUACAGUUCAAGGGACCCCUCCGUUAUAGAGUCUCACAUGCAGCAGCUGCGCACAGCCGCCAUUGGUGUCCUUGCUGUUUCCUGGUAUCCUCCUAACAUGAGUGAUGAUAACGGUGAGCCAGUAGAUGACAUUGUGCCUUUGCUGCUGGAAGUGGCUCAUAAAUACCACAUUAAGGUAGCGUUUCACAUCGAGCCAUACAAAGACAGAGACGAAGUCAGCAUGUUCAACAAUGUCAAAUACAUCAUUGACAAAUACGGGGAGCACCCUGCUUUUUUUAAGUACCGGACCAACACUGGCAAGCUUCUUCCACUCUUCUAUGUGUAUGACUCAUACUUGAUGAACUCGGAGCAGUGGGCCAAACUGCUUAAACACACAGAGAGUAACAGCAUCAGGGAUACCCCGUAUGACGCCAUCUUCAUCGCUCUGCUGGUGGAGGAGAAACACAAGAGGGAGAUCCUGACUGCUGGUUUUGAUGGUGUCUACACUUACUUUGCCACUAAUGGGUUCUCCUAUGGGUCCACUCAGCGGAACUGGGACUCCAUUAAAGCUUUCUGCGAAGAUAACAACCUGAUAUUCAUCCCGAGCGUGGGCCCGGGGUACAUCGACACGAGCAUUCGACCCUGGAACUUCCAAAACACUCGAAACCGCAUCAACGGCAAAUACUAUGAGACCUCUCUGAGUGCUGCGUUACAAGCCAGGCCUGAUUUCAUCUCUAUAACGUCUUUUAAUGAAUGGCACGAGGGGUCUCAGAUUGAAAUGGCGAUCCCCAAAACGGGCCAGACGGUGUAUCUGGACUACCUGCCCAAUAAACCUGCAAUCUACUUGGAGAUUACUCGCAAAUGGGCUGCGAUAUUUGGAGGAGAGCGGCGAAAAUGGCAGGAUUGAUUGGACUCAGAGCCACGGCAAAUGUUUCUUUUAUUGUUGUAUAAAAUAAUUACAUGAAAACGAAAUGAAGUUGCACAACGAAAUGCAAAUGAUGUGAACAGCCAACUUAUUCUCAAAGCCAUAGGCAAUCGGACUAAAUGAUUAUAAUAUUGGCUGCAGUGAUAUAUGUGAUUUUUUACACUUGAGUAAAUUAUUGUUAAUUUA